UUCCUUGAAGUCGGCAGAAGUGUUAAAACGGCAUCAAACCAAGCCAAACGCACCGGUUUCUGAGUUAGUCAGCUGACAGCAUAAAGAAAAACAGCACUUGCCAGGUGGUCACACCCAGUCAGGAAUGCAUUUUAUGGUGCUUGUCUUCACCUCUGUGCUCUCUGUGACCACUUUUGCCCUCGACAAUGGACUGAUGAGGACCCCUCCCAUGGGCUGGCUGGCAUGGGAGCGUUUUCGUUGUGACAUUGACUGUGACCAUGACCCCAAGAACUGCAUUAGUGAGAAUCUGUUCAUCGAUAUGGCAGACAGACUGUUUGAAGAUGGCUGGAAGGAACUUGGUUAUGUCUAUGUGAACAUAGAUGAUUGCUGGUCCUCCAUGGAGAGAGACAAGCAGGGACGGCUGCAGUCUGACCCCAAGAGGUUUCCAGGAGGAAUUCAAAAACUGGCACGCUACUUGCAUGACAGGGGUCUGAAACUGGGCAUCUAUGGGGACAUGGGCACACACACCUGUGGGGGCUACCCUGGCACCCCCCUUGACAAAAUCCAAAUAGAUGCUCAAACUUUUGCUGACUGGGAAGUGGAUAUGUUUAAAUUUGAUGGUUGUUACUCCAAUGACGCAGAGCAAGCACAGGGUUACCCUCUCAUGUCAAAGGCUUUAAAUGCUACAGGCCGUCCCAUUGGCUAUUCCUGCAGCUGGCCUGCCUACCAGGGUGGUUUGCCACCAAAGGUAAAUUACACUCAGCUGGGAGAGAUCUGCAAUCUCUGGCGUAAUUAUGACGAUAUCCAGGACUCGUGGCACAGUGUGCUGAGCAUUGUCGACUGGUUUUUUGAAAACCAGGACAUCCUGGGACCGGCAGCAGGACCUGGAAGGUGGAAUGACCCUGACAUGUUGCUUGUUGGUGACUUUGGCCUCAGUGUGGACCAGUCUCGUACUCAGAUGGCUCUGUGGGCGAUCAUGGCAGCUCCUCUUUUCAUGUCCAACGACCUCCGCACCAUCAGCAGCGAGGCCCGGAACAUCCUGCAAAACAAAAUGGCCAUCAGCAUCAACCAGGAUGUCAUGGGCAUCCAGGGAAGAAGAAUUGUGAAGGAGAAAAGUGGCAUUGAGGUGUUCUGGCGUCCCCUGUCAAACAAUGCUAGUGCUUUAGUAUUCUUCAGUCGCCGUGACGACAUGCCCUACCGGUACACGACUUCACUCAGUAAACUCAACUACACCACGGGCAGCUACAAGAUCAUUGAUGUCUUCACUGAGAAAACUGCUGCACUGAAAGACUCGACUGACUUUGUUGUGUCAGUGAACCCUUCUGGUGUGGUCAUGUGGUAUGUCUCUGCACCUGGCAAACUUAGCUUCCGCCAGUUGUCUAGAGCUGGUAAACUCUACGGAUAUGUUCGUGAAGCUGAGAAAAAUGACCUUCCUCGUGUCUUCCUCUGAAUUCUCAACUCAGUGGCACUAUCUUAAAUGAGGACUUGUUUCUCUGAAAAUCAAGAUGCAUCUAAAAUUGAAUUAUUUUUCCUUUUUUUUUUUUACCACUUUUCCUUAUGAGAUUUCUCAUAUUUAUGAUUUAUUUCUUUUCUCAAAUUGUUUGUUCAACUCAGUUUUAUAAGCACACACGUGUUCAUGUAUUUUAAGACAAGACAUGAUGAUUAUUAUGGUUGAUGCUGAAUCGUCUGCUUUCAGUAAAACAUUUCUUUAGGGAAUGUAUCAGUUCAUCAGAUUUAUUAAUUCAUGCUGUUGCAGUCUAUUUUUUAAUGUUUUAAAUUCAUACUUGAAUUUAUAAAAUAAAUUGUCAGCCUGUCCAAGAUGUGGACAUUGCUCAGGAAUGUUUUAUUUAAUUUUAGAUCAUUUGAAAUAAAGACAAAUUUUCUUAAAAAUUAUCCUCUGAUGUUUUUAAUCUAUACAAGAUUUCACCAAGAUGAUUAUCCCUGACAGGUUAGACCUCAGUGUAACUAUGUGCCAAUUUUCUAUACAGUCUUAUUUCAGAUAUAAUAUGUUUAAAUUAAUGCAUUUCAGUUUAGUUUAUACUAAAAAUUAAUUUCAUAAGGAUUUAAAAUCUGUUACAAACAUUGGCAGUCAAAUAAAAGGUAAACAUGCACACACACAAAAAAAAUUGCCAUUGUUCACUCAGUUGGUACACCACAUAACUCUGCUGUGUACUUCUAUCCUCUGUAAAUUGAUUUGUAAGUUAAUCUAAGUGCAGUAUUAAUGAA